UAUAACAUGAUUUCGGAUGCGUCAACAUGUGGAUUUUAUACUGUUCUUCUUGCUGGUAGCCUUAUAAAUUACAGUCACUAUCCCAAAGGAACCUGUCAAAAGUGUUGUCUAAUAGACUGGGAAGAUGAUAUAAAGUAUUUACUGUAUACAAGAAAUCAAUAUACAUAUGACUAUUUAAAAGUCGGAGAUAGUAGAGGUUUGCAUCGAAGUGACUUUAAUUUUAAAAAUCCCACCGUAAUUUAUAUUCACAGCAAUCUUGAAGAUGCGACAAGUAAGUCCGAUAGUGCUCAAGCGAUCAACAAAGCAUUUUUGAAAAAAGGGAGGUACAAUAUAAUACUCGUCGAUUGGAGUAGAUUGUCAACAGCACCCUGGUACGAUAAUUCUAUUAGCAAUAUCAAGGAUGUAGGCGAACAUGUGGCAAAAUUUAUACGAUUUCUUUUAAAUCAGGAUUAUCGCUUGAGAAAGAUCCAUGUGAUAGGUUUCGGCAUGGGAGCAGAAGUUGCUGGUUACAUAGGCCAAAAAUUAAAAAGAUGGGACUAUUUAUUGACCAGAGUAACGGGUCUGGAUCCGCCUUAUUUUAUUUUUAAUCCAGAAAGUUCUUAUCGCCACCUGAACUACAAAGUGGCACGAUUUGUUGAUGUUAUUCAUACCGAUGGUGGCUCGUCGGGCAAUUCUGAAGCAAUUGGUCAUGCGGAUUUUUAUCCUAAUGAUGGUAUUGCUUUACAACCUGGUUGUAUAACUAGAAAAGUUUUCGAUGAUCGUUUCCUUGAUUCAUUCUUUGACUGCAGUCAUAAUCGUGCUUGGAAAUAUUUUGCAGAAUCCGUUAAUAGUCGUUAUUCCUUCAGAUCUAAAAUAUGCAAGCCUUCAAAGACAUUUAGAUAUUGUAAAUUUGGUUCUAAUGGCAAAGCAUAUAUGGGUUUUUAUGCUGAUGAAGAUUUACGUGGAAAAUUUUAUUUGGAAACAAAUAGUUAUCCUCCCUAUGGAUAUUAAAGUUAAGGAAAAUUUCAGCAGACCACAACUAC